UUAAUUCACGAUAAAUCUUCGUCACGACUCUACGCGAUUUGAAUUUGCGAAAAAUUUUUCAUCAAAAUUUAUCUCCCAUUCAUAAUACAUAUAUGGAGCAAAUUAAUGUAUCUGCCAGAAUAUGUUCACCUCGGCCUGGAGUAGAGUUCUAAAUCCUUUAAUGUAUUAAUUGUAAUAAUCAUCCUCGUCCUACUUUUCAAUUAGUGUAUAAUAUUUCCACUGUAGCGUUAAAUAACGAUAAUUAGUUGAAAUAAUUGUAACUUUUCAGAGACAUCAUUUACAGUAACGCUUUUUAAACGCGUACGAAUCGGUGAAAAUUAUAAAAAUAUGUAAUUGAAAUUUGCGAAAUCGAUCGGACAACAUUUAGAAUUGAAAUCUCGCGCGGGAUUUUGAACAUGCGCAAUAAUUUCUCGCAUACCAGUUUGUUUUUUUUUUAAAUAAAACGACGAUUUCCUACGUCGAAUACAUCCCUUUUCAUUUUUUAAUUGCCAAUAGCCCCCCCGAUACCGAAUUUUUCAAUUAAAGAAUUGAAUCAAUGAACAAAUUCAAAGAAAAAAAUUGAUUAAUAUGCGAACAGCCGGCUGAUGCUUGAUUUUUUUCACGCCGACCAGAAGACGCGUCAUUGGUUCGGAACUCCAGAGGUCACGUUGAAAUGAUUUCACCCCUACGACUGCGUCCCAAUAUUUAUGCACAAAUUAAUAUCCUCUUUCACAUCUGGGCAAUCGAAGAAAUUCCGAUUCGUUGCUUAUACCUAGUUUAACAACUUGUCGAAAAUCAGUACGAGGAUAGUCGAUUUUGGGACGAGAAAAAAAAGUUUCGUGCGCAAUGUGAGAUACGCCGCGCUCUUGACAUUGAGAGAAGGUCACCUUGGUUUAUAUCGUUCACUUUAUUACCUUCUCUCUUCUCCCCUUCCAGUCACAUAGUAUAAACGAAGGGGAGAACCUUAAGUAGUUGUCAACAAAGCCGUGGACCAACCGAUAAGGAAUAAUUGAGGAAAUACUCUCGCGGAAAUAUUUCAACAAAUUCCUUUCAACCUAACAUAAAAAUUCUGCCGAAUCCAAUCUGCUCACCUACGUUACGAAUGUAAGGUUAAGGGUUGCUAAAAUUUUUGGUCAGGUUUCUAAUUUUUCAUUUUUAUAUUUGAAAAAUAAAUAAAUAUUUCGUCAACUACAAUUGUCCACUGGUGAUAAUAUUUCAAAGUUAUAAAAUUCUACUAAUUUUUUCUUGUUUCUAUAAUAUUUGCAUCAUCAGCUGGUAGAAAAUCGAUGGGUACAUUUGCACGCGGAAAUUGACGAAGGUACACGAUGGUUAGGAAAACUACGGACUGCCUACUGAUUUGUGAGUGAUACGGUGGCCUUAAAAAAAAAAAAAAAUCAACUCACCUACAAUGGACAAUUUUUCAAUCAAAUUCGAAAGACUUUGUUGUGAAUUGAUCGGAUUUUGACGGUGUUGGAAGAAUCGGAUUUUCAAUUUGCGUUGACUGACGGGCAACGAGAACCGGGAUCUCGUUGCCUCGGCCGCCCAGGUCUCCGUGGAUCCGGAAAUCCCGACUUUAAAAGUACGUCGUCCUCAGAUUGGCAUGGGCAGCACAGAUUCCGGUGGAAACACCGCUGCCGGUCAAUCUUGUGGUCUGGUCAGUUCGCUUUUUCCCAGCAGUUGUCGUGGUAGGGCGGAGGCAUUCGCUAGGCGUCUUCACCACAGACUGACCACCCUGGGCGGAGACGAGGAUGAGCAAAAACUUCGCGGAGAUCAAACGCCGUCGGAAACGUCGUGGCUGCACUCUGGCGCGCCCACGGCAUCCCACAAUCAGGUCCUCGAACGGCAGCCCAGGCACAAUUCAGACUCCGACCUCUACUUCGACUUCGACAUCGACGAUGAUGACGUCCCUGGGUCCCCCGCGGAGGAGAUAUCGGUCGCCGAAUUGGCCGGACUUUUAUUGAACGGACCUCACAGAUCGGACGAUUGUCACUGUCCUUUGACCGCAAAGCCCAUCCCUUACAAUCAGGGACCGGAAUCAGGGUGCGUCUUUUCGUCGCCGGUGACGGGAACGUCACCCGAGAGCGAUUCCUCGGACGUUUAUUACGACCCGGAGAGUUCGGAGGCCGACAAGGUGACGGACUCUUUCUACGAUCUGGAUACAUCGGAAAGCGACGGCUCCAGUCUGAGCAACGGACUCAUGGCGAAGGUCCUCGCGCAUCGACACGGCUCGCCGAAACCCGAAAAAUCUCCAAACUCCGGAAGGAAGUCGAUGAAACGCGACGGUGAGUCUUCCGAUUCCUGCAGCGAGUCCAAUGGUACGGACGACCGAUUCGAUCCGCGGUGCAACCACCAGUCGUCGAAAAUCAAUCACCCUCCGAUCGACAUUGAGAGCGCGACGAUGAAGAAAGACGACGUAAGACGUGGCACCACCAGCUCAGAAGAUUCGUUGAACGGGAAGAGCUCUCUCGAUACGACGUCCCCGAGCCACGAAUCUCUCUGGAGCACUUUCGACGACAGUACGAUGUCCUUACAGGACGAAAGUCCAGCGAGACCGUGCAGCAAUCUAACGGUAUCGACGAAUCACGUUCACAAGUCACAUUCGGAUUCGGAAAUCCCUGCGGCUGAUAGAUCCAAGCAAUCCGUCCGAGAUAUUGACGAGGUUGACUUUACGGGUGCAACAAAGUUUAAUUCGAUGGGCAGUGAGGCGAAUGGCGAGCAAAAAGAAAUCUCCGAAGUGUCGACCAACCAGGCUAACGAUCACCCGAAUCACAUGAAAAAAAAAGAAUCGGUCGCGAAAAAGGUCGUUACCAAUGCGCUCAAUGCGCCGUCAAACGAUGACGGACAAAGUGACACCGACACCGACCACUCUACGUACAGCAGUACGAUAAAUAUACCGGGAGCCUUGACCCUGGAAUGUCCAUCCGGUGCGAGGGUAUUUCGUUUGGAAGAUCAGCUGGUGAAAAACGAGGUGCAAUUGGAGAUAAAAGACGGAACAGUGCUGAAUGGAGACAUUGGUAAAAUGGCAGAACUACUGAAACGGCUAGGCGGUAACGACGAGGACAUAGGGGACGAUGUCCAUGAAGAGGAAGAAGAAGAGGGAGAAGAAAGACCGCAGAGAGUGAGGCGCUGCUCUUCGUUGAAAACCGGGAAAACACCGCCCGGUACACCAGGGAGAAAAAAGAUCGUCAGAUUCGCCGAUGUACUUGGACUUGACCUUGCGGAUGUCCGGACCUUCCUCGACGAAAUACCAAAGAUUCCCAACUCGGCUUACUCCGAUCUGAUAUACGACGACACGCUGCUGAAGGACGUACCGUCCCAACAAAGUUGGCACACGAAAUAUUUAGAAACACAAUUGUCCGGAUGUCCGGUAGCUCGUCAAAAACCGGAAAAGCUGCUCGUCCCGUUGUUUCAGCAACCGGGUGGUCUUCCCGAUUUUCUGGAUAAGGUCAGAGAACGACAGGUUUGCCUUGAAAAUAUCCUAGUUCAGGAUCCUAUAAAUUUGUGCCUCAGUGGUACGGUUAGAGUAAGAAAUUUGGACUUCCACAAAUCUGUCCACAUAAGAUACUCUCUAAACGAAUGGCGGAGCUUCAGCGACCUUCAGGCAACAUAUGUAUCGAAUUCGUGCGACGGCUUCAGCGACAAAUUUAUCUUCACGUUGUACUGCCAUACUCUUAACAUUGGACAGAGGCUCGAAUUCGCUGUACGAUAUCAGUGCAAAGGGUCUCAAUACUGGGACAGCAAUAACGGCGCCAAUUAUUGCUACCAAUGUCUUCCGGCAGUUCCUUCGUCCAUUUCGUAUAUUCCGAUAACCGCAACGGAAAAUGGAAUCAGAGACUGGCAUGAACCAGCUUUUUACUAAAUAUUCAAUUUCUCUCCGAGGAUCAUGCUCGAAGUUACGACUCGAAUGUCAAGGAAGGUUGAUCGUCGAGGGAAGUGGGGGGAAGGGAAAAUUCGCCACAAGAUGAAGGCGUCUAAGGUUGCAGGUAGUGACCAACGGAAAUUGUAGAUACUGAACGUAUCGAUUUGUAUUCGGCCAAUUUUAGCGGUUUGGAAUAUGUACAUCCGAUUGACGGUUCACUUUCAAUUUCAAAGAAAUAUACGUAUGUAUUUUUUUUUUUUUUUUCUAGACAUUUUGAGCAUGUUCUUCAUGAAUACCGUCUUAAUCAAUAAGUCGCAACAAUAAUCAGCCUUCUAGGUAAUUGAAAAGCCACAUUUGUUCGUAUAAAAUAAAUAAUUCAGAGCUUUGUAUCUGCCCACAUGACAUUACGAACGAGAUGAAUAUUACAAGAAGUUUGUUCAUGUUGUUCGGCGAGUUGA